AUGACGAGUUUGUGGUCAACCGUGUCCAACUUGUCUUCAUGGCUCUAUUCCUUUUUCUCGUUGCGUCAAGCUGGGCACCUGCAGUGUGGAUCAUUACUGGAGAAAUCCCUUGCACUGCUACAAGAUCCAGGGAUAUUGGGAUUUCCGCCGGAGUUCACUGGCUAUGGGCAAUUUUCGCAUCUGUCUAUACACCAUAUCUCAUCGAGAUUGAAUGGAUCAGACGGUCUGCGAUCUUUUUGA